AUGUUUGCAAUUGCUUGCCUUUUAGUCAUGGAAUCGGAGUCGUUCGCUUAUUUCCUUGCUUCAUUGCAUAAAAUAACUAAGCAAGUAAAGUUUAAACGACUUUUUCGACCAUUGAUAUUGGAGCUGAAAUUAAAACCACAAAAUUUUGGUCAGGAGAUGAAUUUCUGCUUGAGUCUAAUGUCUUAA